GAAAAACAAAUAUAAACCCAAAUAAAGUUUGGCCGCGAACAGGCAAGGUCGCGCAAUUGCUGUCCUCAUGCGCGCUGAAUAAAUCCCUUAUUUCUUAUCGAUUCUCCCGUGUGAAGUCUGGAACAGUGGGGUGAGCUAAGCCAUGGCAUUUACAUCUGACCGAUUAAUUUCCUUCCUGGUCCUGUUGGGUCUUAAAAGUUGUUUAUUUGGUUCUUUGGACGCUGUGCCUUUGGAAUAUGCACCAGGAGAUGAAGCAGGGUUUUAUAACGAGGUGCAGCAGCUGUUAUCCCUUAAUCGGGCAGUAAGGCAGGGUGAUGAGCUUGAAAAUGCCCAGCAAUUUACACCCGAAGAACAUGCAAUAGAUAAGCCAGAUGUGCCAAGGGCUGUCAAAAAUUGGCCACAAGAAGAUUUGAAACUUGGCCAAGUAAGUGCUGUUUCUGUAAAUUCUGCCCUUCAGCCAGUAAUUUUUCAUAGGGCGGACCGAUCAUGGAAUAUCUUUACUUUCAACGAAACCCACCACUAUCAACAAAUUCCAUCAGGACCUAUCAAGGAUCACACUGUUCUCACGUUAGACCCACAAACCGGUAGCAUAUUGGGACGAUGGGGUGCUAGUUUGUUUUAUAUGCCUCAUGGUUUAACUAUUGAUAGGCAUGAUAACCUUUGGUUGACCGACGUUGCCAUGCAUCAAGCAUUUAAGUUCAAACCUGGCGAAAUAAAACCAACACUAACAUUCGGAGAACUCUUUGUCCCAGGAACCGAUGCACGUCACCUAUGUAAACCUACUUCCAUUGCAGUAGCAACCACCGGAGAAAUUUUUAUCGCAGAUGGCUACUGCAAUAGUAGAAUUUUAAAAUAUAAUGCGGCAGGUGGCCUAUUAAAAAUUAUGCCAAACCCUCCCGAAUUCUUGUCCCUUCAAGUACCUCAUUCUCUAGCGUUAAUUGAGCCCAUGGAUCGCCUUUGUAUCGCCGAUAGGGAGAAUAUGAGGGUAGUUUGUCCUAGGGCCGGGUUGUAUAGCGUUAAGGGUACAAAAGAACCUGCAUUGACGAUCUCGCAACCUGAUAUGGGUCGGCUUUUUGCUGUUGCGGCAAAAGGAAAGCUAAUCUACGCUGUUAAUGGCCCGACAAGAAUGUUACCGGUGCAAGGAAUGACCAUUGACCCCGAAACUGAAUCUGUGAUAGAUCAUUGGGCGCCCGAAGAGGGAUUUGAAAAUCCACAUGAUAUUGCCGUAUGCGCCAACGGAUCGGCGCUCUACGUAGCCGAAAUCGGACCAAACAGAAUUUGGAAGUUUGAGUUGGUUCCACCAAAAAAAUGAAUAAUUUAGGUUUUAGAACUUAAUCGUUAGUGCUUGUAAUUUUUUUAGUUUUUUUGACACAGAUAUUAAGCCAACAAGUUUGGUAGACUUACUUGAGGGCAAUAUAUUAAUAUAAUUGCUAGCAAGAAAAAUCAUUUGUACACGUUAGAUUUAAGAGGUAUUAAAAUUUUGUAAAUUAGACAAAUUUUAAAUACAUGCUGUAUAAAAAUAACAUUUACAAGCAAGUUAACCCAAACGUUCCUUAUUCUGUAAAAAAAAAUUAGCAAACGUAUUUUUCUUUGAAAUUAUUAGAAAAAAAAGACGUAUUGUAGACAAUAAUAAUAAGAAAUAAUAGAUUUUCUCUGUUAAUAAAAUCUUAUUUUAGAA